CUGGCCCACUCUCCAAAUAUAAGCCCAGGCCCUGUGAGAGAGAGGCACUGAGACGGAGCCUGCGAUGGCGGCCAGGCGGCCAGGCACCACCCUGAGCGUGCUCCUGGUGUGGAUGCGGGUGGCGUCCACCUUGGUGGACCUAGACCUGCAGAAGGUGCCUUUUCCUUCCUGACUUGCAGGCAGACAGCGGGGGAUAGUGGAGAGCUGGGCAGAGAGGGGCCGGAGAGUGUUCAGCCACCGCAGGCCCCUCACACCUGGUUGGUGCUGGCACAGCUACCUGAGGGCCCCCAGGACCUGCCCUGGUCAGUGUCCCAGGAGGGCAGACAGCUAAGGGCCCUGGUGGGGGCUCUGAGCUCUGCAGCCUUUCCUCUCCAGAGGCCUCCGGAGGGCCCCUGUGACAGCAGGUGCCUGCCAUCCUCAGCCAGGCUGGCUGGUCCUCAAGGUUUUUCAGGGUUGGGGUCCCAGGUGGCCCCCGACUGCCCCCCAGGUUGACAGGGUUCCCUCUAUACCCCUGCCCUCUGCACUGUGGCGGUGGGGCCAGAGGAGGCCCUCUCCUGGGUGGGCAGCUUGUGGGCUUCUGUCCUGGUCCUCCUCCUGCAGGCCAGACACGCGGGGAUGUUCAGAAGGACAGACGUCAGAGAGACAAGUCCUUUACUGCUGUAACACCAGCCGUUUUCCGAGUUUCAGAUGGCACCUCGGGCUCUGGGUGGCAGGAAGGCCCUCUCGCAGCGAGGCGGCAGGGCUGGGUCUCUUCUGCUGGCCCAGCCUGGUGAGAGGCCCAGCCACUUGGGCCUGCGUCCUACAUGCUCCUCUGCUCUCCAGUCCCUGCGGGCAGCCAGGGCCUGCUCAUCUCCCCCACGCCAGGCCUGGAGGCAGCAGAGGUCAGCUCUCUUGGGGCACCUCAAGCUGGCCCUGCGGCUGCUCCAGAAGGCCAGGUGGGAGGGGCAUCACUGCCUGAUGGUCUGAAGGGACCUCUGAGAAGGAUGACUCUAGUGGGGACAAGCAGGUCUGAGACAUCUUGCUGUUUUGCCUCUGAGUCUCUGGCCACCAGCUCUGUGCCUGCGGCCUCUGAAAUGCACCCUGGAGUCCAGGGAUGGAGUCUCAGCUAGGCCUCUGAGAGCCAGGGCUGCUGCAGCUCUUCUCUCCAGAUUUCAGGGUUCUGGCGGGAAGUUGGUUUGGCCUCGGAAUUCAACAUGGCCCUGGAUGCUGGGAUGAAGGUGGAGGGCUUGUUCAUCACCUUGAGUGGCCGGAACAUGACCGUGAAGGCUGCAUAUAACAACUCAGGAAGCUGCGCCACAGAGAAAGUGGUGGGCUCAGGAAGAGACGUGGGGAAGUUUGCCUUCCCUGGUCACAGGGAGAUCCACGUGCUGGACACAGACUACGAGCACUACGCCAUCCUGAGAGUGUCCCUGCAAUGGCAGGGCAAGGAGUUCCACGUGUUCAAGUACCUCACUCGGAGCCUCGACAGGGAGGAUGAGCCUGGGUUCUGGAGGUUCCGGGAGCUGACAGCAGACACAGGCCUUUACCUGGUGUCACGGCACAGGAGGUGUGCCAAGCUCCUGAAGGAGGUGAGCCCACACCCCUCGGUCUGCACUGAAGACCCUAGCCCCGGCUCAGCGGAGCCCUGAUGGGAGCCGCCUGGUGCUAGUUCCGGGGCAGGAGAGGGCCGUUCACCCUCUGAGCAGGACACCUAGCACUGAUGGGGCCUCCAGAGAUGUGUCCAUUUUAUGGUUUGGAGAGAGCUGGCACCUACAUGGUGGUGACCCCAAGCUGCCAAGUGGGGCCCUAGGGUGGUUUGGGGCAGAGAGAGAGAUGGGGGAAGAGAGGAGGGUGGUCCCAUCUCCUCUGUUUGUCCAUCAUAGCUGUGCAGGACUGCCAGUGGCUCUGCCCCUUCAGGCCCUGCCCGGGUGUGGGAUGGGGCAUGGGCACUGUAAGCACCCACUUGUGGCGCCCUGUGUCUGGCUCUGCACUGACCCACCAUCUGUGCGUCCCACCUUGUCUCAGCCCAGUCCCGAGUGGUCAGCACUACUACCCCACCUGUGGCUAGAGGCACUGAGGCUCAGGGACUGGAUUUUUGCCAAAGCCAGGCCAUUGGGAGAUCGGAUCCCCAGCCCUGGCCCACCCCUCCUCGGGACCCUGGAAGUGGCCCAGAGCCCUGAGCACCCCCUUCUGUGUGCAGGAGCUGAUUUAGAGGAGCUCCUGCCCUGGUCCUGCGGCUGAGCCCCACCCCAGGGGCCACUUGCACCAGCUUUCAAAAUAAACCCACUGGCAAACCCACA